AUGAAUAAAUUAAAUACUAUAAUAAUAACCUUACUUAUUUCAACUGCUUUUGUUAGAGCUGAUUCAAUUGGUUCACCAGUUCCUUGUGGUGUUAUAACAAGCUGUGAUAAUUGUGGAGAUACUGAUGAAAUUAGAAGUAAUUUUUCUCCUGCUAGUCUGACAAUGUGCAUUUAUACAAAGUGUAAUUAAGCUACACCAAUAAAUGGUUUUAUUUGUUCAUCUUGCUAUGGUUAGCCAGGUGCUGUUUAGGCUUUAAAUUAAGGUGGUUUUUAUAACCCAACUACAAACUCUUGUGUUAUUUCCUGCCCUUAGGGUACUCAACCUGAUUAUACUACUUCCACUUGUCAUAGUGUUAAACCUGGUAAUAACGUUGCAUGCAGUACUGCUGUUGACUGCUCUAAGUGUGGCGCCACUCAAUAAAUACAAAAUUUAUUCACACCAGUUUCUGAAACAGAUUGCUAAAUGAUUGACUGUAGUUAAACUCCUCCAUCAUAUAAUGGCUAUGUUUGUAAAUCUUGCUAUCAAGUAUCAGGUGCUGCAGCUGCUUUAAAUAUUGGUAAUUUUUACGACCCAGGUACAAGUGCUUGUGUUGCUUCCUGCCCUUAAGGUACUCAGGCUGAUAAUACUAAUACUUGCUAAAUUGUUAAACCUGGCAAUAUUGUUGCAUGCGGUUCUAGUGGUAGCUGCUCUGGGUGUGGCGCCACUCCAUAAAUAGCAAAUUUAUUCACACCAGUUAAUAGCUUAAUCUGUAAAAUGAAAGAUUGUAGCUAAACUCCUCCAUCAUAUAAUGCCUAUGUUUGCUAAUCUUGCUAUCACGCAGCAGGAGCUACAGCUGCUUUAAAUAUCGGUAAUUUUUAUGACCCAGGUACAAGUGCUUGUGUUGCUUCCUGCCCUUAAGGUACUUAAACUGAUUAAAAUUAUAAUUGCAAGCCGAUACCUAAACCUGGUAAUAGCGUUUUAUGCGGUUCUGAUGGUAGCUGCUCUGGAUGUGGUUCCACUUCAUAAAUAACAAAUUUAUUCACGCCAGUUGAUAAUUAAAUCUGCAAAAUGAAAGAUUGUAGCUAAACUCCUCCAUCAUAUAAUGGCUAUGUUUGCUAAUCUUGCUAUCACGCAACAGGAGCUACAGCUGCUUUAAAUAUAGGUCUUUAUUACGACCCUGGUACAAGUGCUUGUGUUGCUUCCUGCCCUUAAGGUACUCAGGCUGAUAAUACUAAUACUUGCUAGCCAAUUCCUACUAAACCUGGUAAUAAUGUUUCAUGUGGCUCAGGUGGUAGCUGCUCUGGGUGUGGUGCCACUUCAUAAAUAGUAAAUUUAUUCACUACAGUUUCUUAGUCAAGUUGCAAAAUGAUAGACUGUAGUUAAACUCCUCCAUCAUAUAAUGCCUAUGUUUGUUAAUCUUGCUAUCAAGUACCAGGUGCUAUAGCUGCUUUAAAUAUUGGUAAUUAUUACAACCCAGGUACACAUGCUUGUGUUACUUCCUGUCCUUAAGGUACUUAAGCUGAUAAUACUAAUACUUGCUAGCCAAUUCCUACUAAACCUGGUAAUAAUAUUUCAUGUGGCUCAAGUGGUAGCUGCUCUGGGUGUGGUACCACUCCAUAAAUAGUAAAUUUAUUCACACCUGUUUCUGGCUCAAAUUGCAAAGUCACAGAUUGUAGCUAAACUCCUACUUCAUACAAUAGUUAUGUAUGUUAAUCUUGUUAUUAAGUGACUGGUGCAAUUGCUGCUUUAAAUAUAGGUAAUUAUUACGACCCAGGAACAAAUGCUUGUGUUGCUGAAUGCCCUUAAGGUAAAGUAGCAGACAUUAAUAAAACUUGUUAAAUUCCAAAAACUAUCAUCGGUAAAGAUGUCAGCUGUGGCACUGCUGCUUCGAAUGGAAAUGCUGCUAACUGCAAUCUUUGUGGAGAUAAUUCCGCAGUGUAAAACCUAUUUUCUUACGAUACAAUAACAGCAGGUUAAAAUUGUUAAUUUAAAGAUUGUAGCACUAUCCCAAGUACUCUAAAUGGUUGGAUAUGCAACUCUUGUAAUGGUGUAGAAGGAUCUAAAAUUCCAGUUGGUUUAUACUUUAAUGGUAGUACUUGUGUUUCCACAUGUUCCACAGGAGUUGCUACAUCUAAAAAUAAUUGGACUUGUAAAAUUUUUAAUACUUAUAACUAUGGAAACUUUUUAAGCUUGGUGAUAAAUUUUUUGUUAUUAAAUAUAUUAUUCUGA